AUGGAAAAGGCAGCCGUGCCCCCCAGCGAGGAAUCUACAGCUCAGCGAAAGCCAUCCUGGCACGGAACCCUUGACGAUAUCUGGAUAGGUAGGAAGGAGGAGGGAAAAGACAGCAGGGGAGAAGAUCAUCUAUCCGACGGAACGGCCUUGGAUUGCCUGGGGCGGGCCAAAUUUUCCAGUCAGGCAUACUGUCUCGGAAUGGACUACGGCAUGCACUCCGGCACCACUUGGGUAGUCUUUCUUCGUUGGGUACCUGAAACUGCAGAUGGCGUCGACGGGUCUUGCCAUAGAAAGGGAUACUAUUAUGGGGACGGAGACGGCAAAUUAGAAAAUGAACAGCGCCUUGUGGCCAGGAAGGAAUCCCACUACUAAGUUUCUGCUUGCCAUCUAUGACUUGGCCCGCUGUUCCGCCUGCCUAGUACUAAAUCACCGGACAAAUCAUGAACAACGCUGGCGACGGAGUCACCCGAGGAUUGAAGCAUCGGUGACUCACUACUCCUCCGAGUUGGAGGCAUCUAUUCGCCUCCAGACGAGCGUUAUGUUCGGAAACUCGAGAUGAAUCGAACACCUACCCAGGGUUGAAACAUAACCAUAUGGCGAACCUAUGCAGCAUCCCUACGUAUCACCCCCUCUGUUCCACCACUAGCAUACAUUU